UUUUUUUUCUUUUUUUUUUCCCGAAGCUGGGGACCGAACCCAGGGCCUUGCGGUUGCUAGGCAAGUGCUCUACCACUGAGCUAAAUCCCCAACCCAAGAGUUUUUUUUUUUUUUUAAGUUCCUUGAUAAGGAGGGAAAUUGGCAGCAGGAAAUCUUUGCAAGGUGGGGUUUUUAGGUUCACUUCCUGGUCCUACUGCUGGAUGGAUACGGAUUUCACAUUUCUCCCUCUGAACUUGGAGCCUUAGAAAGAAAACACAUGAUAAGAGAUAUAUGGGUUUGCCCAAUUAAAUCAGCCUCGUCUUAGUGAGCAGUUCCUGUGCAUGUAUCUGCUUUAGUACUUAGCAGUAGUUCACAAAUCAGCUGGUAUGGGGAGCAUUUCGAUGAGGUAAGUGGUGUGUCUUGGGACAAGAGGUUGCAGUGCUGUCCUGGAGGGACCUAGGGACCAUCCGUCACAGAACCUUAGUACUGUCUUAGUAUAGAAAAUUAUUUCAGUCUCUGAGACAGCUUUUAGACAAAUGUAUUCUGGGAUGAAACAAGGAUUUUUUUUCAUUUAUAUUAUUUGUGAAAUUUAUGUUAUUUGGGAUAUUUUGCUCUUUAUUUCUUCUUGCCUUGGUUCCUCUGUGUUGCAUGAGAGAAACAUAAUUCUCAACAUUAUGAUUCAAACAAGUGGAGAGGGGCUGAGGGUUUGCCAUCCUAAAAAAGGGAAAGUCACCUGAGGCGUUUCUAUGACCAACAAACACUAUUGAAAGAAUGUCUGACAUAGGACAGGGUCGUUCCUAUUACUAUAUUUAGUGACUCGAGCUUUUCUCAUAUUGGAUUUACAUUAUCUUUUCCUAUAGUGAUUUGCAGACUAAAACUCUCUGGAGGUCACUAAACUACUAGCAGAUGUUUGAACUGGACAACCCGAAUCUGUGUACCUGCAGCCUGGGGUGGACAUGGGAAUGAAGCUGAUGUCUAAACCCAGUGUACUCACAAGGGAAAUUAUCUUCCCAUAAAAUCCAUAUGAUGAAUGAGUAACAGAGCGGGAAGUAGAGGGCAGAAUCCCAGGUGCCUGAGACACUGCAUGCAGUGGUUUGCUGGUAGCAAGAGUUAGAAAUGGAUGUUUCCAGAAUCCUUCUCUACUGCCCCAUUUUAAAUGGAAGUUCUCUUCUAAAUAUUAGACUUGGUUUUGGAAGAAGAUAUUUAUUUCUAUGUGUAUGAUAAAUAAAUGUAGCCAAAGGCUGUUUGUUGAUGUUCUUUGGUGUUCAAAUGGGAGAUUUGAUUAGUUGGUGGUGAAAUAUUUCAGAAAUAGAAGCAAACCAGAAAGUAUUGGGCAGUGUGAUACAAGUGGGUCAUUACUUUUACUAAAACAUCAUCUAUAAAUCCAUAAGCAUUUAGUCAGGCAGACCAGCUGUGGGGAGACAGAUCAACUUUACUUGGGGUGAUUCAAGGCUUAUAUAGUUUUCGGGAUGAGGGGCAUGAGGGAGCGGGGUACAUCUGAGAGGGGCAAAGGUCAUUCAUUGGCUAAAGGCUUAAAGUACCAAGAUGCCUCAGUAGCAUGGGGAAGCUUUUCAGGAAUCUUAGGUGCUACCUGGAUGGGUUCUUACCCAGAGAAAGGAAGUUGGACCCAUAAUCUAACUAAGGCUACAUGACUUUCUGCAGAUAGAUUUGAGCUCCCCAAACAAGGUCAGAAAAGGAAAAGCUGUACUGGUAAAGAUAGUCUGCCAUUUUGCACCAAGCCUAGAAGGCUAUCUGGGCAAUGGUAGAUAGGUUGGACCUUAAUUAGCGUGGCAACGUAGUACUCUUUCAUUUUGUUCAAAGCAUCCUAUUUAACACUUUAGCCUAGUGGAGAUGGAAAGUGAGGUAGGUUCAGGUUUUGUCUUUAUUUUAGUAGCGUGGAAAUACUGAAGGUAAGGAACACAACCAAUUUACAGGUAGUCUGUGAUAUACCCUAAAUUGAAUGAGACAGACAUAAGUUGCACACAUAAUACUACUGUGUCCUCUUGUAACUCCACACUCAAAUUGCUAAGGGCUCACAUUUCAUUUUUCUGUAGAUCUGUUUUAUUAUAUUUUGUAGUUAUGCUUCUUGGGCUUCUGCAACUAUUUACAGAUUCCCUUUUGUCCUCAAGCCCUCCUCUUCCACCCUCUCACCCCAUCUCUGCUUGGCAAGGGUCUCAUUGCAAGGCCUCUUCUGACGCCUGCAGAGCCCCAGGCUGCUUGCUGAGUUCUUGUGAACUAGCUUUGGGCUUUAAACUGCCUCAGGCAAUCUCAAUAGUGUUGCUAAACUGCACUAUAAAAACAGGCUGCAGCCUUUUGAGGGCUGAACUUCUGGAUUCUUUUUCAGAUGCCCACAGACCUGCCAGAGGGAACUGAUUCUUAGAGCAUGUUAGGGUUAGAGAAGUUUUAGUUUGGAAAGAGAAGAAAAGAUGGUGAGGCCAUCUGUUUAUUUCUUAAAUGGAGUCAUUUAUAAAGUUCUUAACUCAAGAAUAACACUGAAUUUUAAUGUGUGUUAAGAUUAUCCUGGGGUUUCCUUCUGUGUGUUUCAGUUUACUUGGAAUCAUCUAGAAACAUGAUCUUAGUAGGAAUGUUAAACUGUUUUUAAAAGAGCAGAAUUUCUAUGGUCAGUAAUAUUUAUACAUUUUGAUGAGAAGCAUUUUAUAAUUGAGAAUAUUUGAUAGUCAAGUUAAUAUUAGGUGAGCGAAAAAUCCUGCUAUUAAAAUGUGACCAAGAUAUGUGCUACGAGAUGUUACAUGGUGCUGGGAAAUCUGAACUUAGAUCCUAAUGUUUAUGUGGACAUUUUACUGACUGAGCUGUCUCCCUAGCCCCUUGUUAGCUUUAAUUACACAUAUGACAUAUCAUCUGUGGGCAAUUAGCAUCUAUCGACUUUGUCCCAGAGUCAGAAAGUUUGUCCCUGAAUGUCUACGUCUGCAUGCCAAACAAAGCCCUUUAGAGCUUAUUUGUAGAAUUAAUAGUGAUUGUCCUCAGUCAUUGUGGAAUAUACUAAAUAUAUUAAAAUACUCAGUGUUUUACUUAACUGACAAAACUACUUUUAGCAAAAAUUGGAAACGCGUGGCAUGCUGCAGAUACUGAUGCAGGAGGAUUGUUUUGAGUUCCAGGCCUGGGUGUAUAGGAAGCACAGAGUCAUCCAGGACUUCAUAGCAUGGCCACUCUCAAAAAUCAAGACUAAAUAUAAAAGACUUUAAAAAAAACAAAACAAAAAACGUCGAGCCAGGUAGUGGUGGCACAGGACUUUAAUCCCAGCACAUGGAAGGCAGAGGCAGGUUGAUCUCUCUAAGUUUGAGUUCAGCCUGGUCUACAGAGCGUCUCCCUAGACAGCGAAGGCUACAUAGAGAAACCAUCUUGAAAAACCAACCAAACAAAAAAAUUGAAUAAGCCCUGGUCAAUUUAAACAGCUAUCAUUUGAAUCUUUCUGCCUGAGAUAUUUUCAGGUCAUACACACAUGCCAGAGGGUUGUAAAGUUGUAUUUGUUGAUCAAAUCAAGUGCUUACAUUUUUGCCUUUAUGUGCAAGAACAAUAGUAGCAAAAGUUACUACGUAGUAGGCAUGUAGUAGACAUACAGCACAUAUGGAAGAAUCUCUCAGGAAAGUUGAACCAGCAUUUUAUAAACCUUUAAGUAAUUUGUGAAGGAAAUAUGCUCACUGUUUGCAUGGCUAUAAUAUUUCCCUGAUUAAGUAGCAGGCCAUGGUCCUGUUGCUGUCUGGUGGCUGCUAGAAGACCAGGGUGUUUGCUCCUGUGUUAGUGCUAGUUGUAUAAGUCUUGUGGAAAACCCAACAAUUUUCAGAUCAUGUUUCUAAUACAGUAUAGGUUGCCUCUCUGUGGAAUAACUGAGUAGAAGUCGUUCACAGAGUUCUCUUCUAGAGUGAUGUGUGAAGAGGGAUACUACAUUUCUAAAGCUACUUAUAUCCAGAGGUUGCCAGUGACAGGUAGCCCAAGAACGUAAGUCACUGAUGGAGGUCAAAAACUUUUCUGUGCCAAGGUUCAGCCCAAUACACAGAACCAGAGUGAAACCAGGAGCCCGUGUAGGUGCUGGCCUUUCUCACAGUGCUGACUGAAAACUGUUUUUGAAGCUCUGAUGUUUUUAAUUGUUUGAAUGUAUCUGUCCAGCAGUAGAUUUCUAGAAUUCCACAAAUUCAUGGAAGACUCUUUCUUUUAGCAGUUUAGUGACAUCAUUCCAGGAAUUGUAAAUUGGGCUCCUUUCUCCAGCCCCAGGGACAACCCAGCUGGGGCCAGAUGACUUUUAUAACUACUUGGUGUGGUUCUGCUUCUCUCAAGGGAUGGGAUGACCAGGCAGAGAGGAAAAAGUAGGAAAACUGAACAGUUAUUUUUUCAUCUUCCCCUAGGAAAGAGAAGGGGAAACAAACAUGAGGCUAUCUAAAGUGAUUUCUGCUGACCACAGCAAGUCUCUCCUAUGUUUUUAUCCCUUAGGAUGAUUUCUGUAGGGCUUUAAGUUCUUUGGGAAGGUUUACAUCCUGAAAAAAUAUGUGGUAUGGUUUUCUGUUCAUCUGAAAACUGAAAGUUGCUGCUACAGAUUUUUCUUAGCAAUUUUACUAGAUCUAGUAGUAAUUGGCCAGUUAAAGUAAUACUGAUUAUAUAGUUUCUAGAACCUUCAUUCAGGCAGACACUAUAUGCUUUAUUUUCUUCUUCAAGGAGGCCUUUUUUUUCUUCACAUUUAAAAGACUUAAAGUAACAUUUUAUUAACAACCAUUGACUUGGUAGACACAUAGUUAUUGCCACAUUCACAUUGUCUAACAUCCAUUUAUUUUAUCAUAUUAUAGUUAUUGCCAUAUUCACAUUGUCUAACAUCCAUUUAUUUUAUCAUAUUAUACCCAGCUCUCUUACCACAUUUCUUGUUUUCUUCCCCCACCCCACCCUUAGUUGUCUUUAAAAGUCUUAGCAUCAAGCUCCACUGUUCCAUUGAACUUUCAUGCAUGCCUUAUACUUUUCCAUUUCUAUGUGGGAAUUUUUGGUUUGUUUUGUCUUUGAUGGUUAUUGUGUUUUAAUAGGUAGUAUCUCAUGUAGCACAAGAUGGCUUGGAACUUGCUGUGCAGUAGGGAAUGGCUUUGAAUUUCUGACCCUUUACCCUAUCUCUCAAGUGCCAGGUUUAUAGGCCCAUGCCACCACGCCAGGUUUAUCUGAAUCAUGGUAGACUCUGAUUGGCAGUCGUGAGGGAAGGAAUCUCAGUUGUCUUACAAACAUGCUUUCACCAUUCUUGUGGUCACAAUAGGAAGGCUGCAAAUGCCAGAAAGAGCCUCUGGAAACGUCACAUAGGAAGGCUCUGUUAUAGCCAGAAGAAGGUGCUAGAUUCCCCAGAACUGGAGUUACAGAUGGUUGUGAGCUGCCAUGUGGUUCUGGGAACUGAUACCAGGGCCUCUGGUAAGGUAGCUAAUGCUCUUAACCACUGAGCCAUCUCUUCAGCCCCCAUAGAAAGGUUCUUAUAGGAAUGCUGAUGGUUAAAAACAAUAAAAAAAACCCAAUAAUACUAGUGUUUAGAGACCUUGGGAACUUUGUUUCAUGUUGUUUAAAAAGAUAAUUUAAAAAAUGUCGAUUCUAUGGCUUCCAGGUGUUACUUUAGUUAAGAUAUAAUUAUGUGGAAAGUGCUGAUUUUUGUGCAUUUUUUUUCUAUAGGAAAUGGGAAAUAUGCAGUGAGCUGAGAUGAACCAGUUUGGGGGAUGCCAUGGGCUAAAGAUGGUCAGUGUCUUGGACAGUUGCCGUAGUACUUCCGCUUAGGGCCUGUGCUUGCCACAGUUCCUCCUUUUCAAGGAAAAUUGGUUUGGAGUGUCCGAAGGCAACCUUGUUACCUUAGUUCAUGGUGCCUUCUUUUGGUCUCUCUCCUUUUAUUUCUUUUUAUCUUUAUCUGUUUACUUUAUGUCUUCCACAAUGUACAGCCUGUUCCCAGGAGACUACAGAACCACUAAGGACUGACCCGCUGAUUUUAUUUAACUGCCCAGUUAUUCUUAUACUCUCGUUUGAAAUUUCAAGAUCUGCCUUUCCCACCCAAGGAAAUUAUUAUUGGGGCCACAAUCUGAUCCACACAUUACGUUUAAAUUCAUGAAAGUUUGUGGAUUUAUUAUUAUUAUAGAAUUAUUCUAUAGACUUUAGUGAAAAGUAGCUGAGUGGGAGAUAUAAAAGUAAAAUUUCACCUCAACAUGUGAAAUUUCAUCUUUGAAGUUUGAGGUUAUUAGGCCUCUUCUCUUUGUUGGGGAAAGUGUGUCCAGCAGUGAAAAUUUAAGUUACUGAAUUGCCCUGGAAUGAAAAGCCAUGUAGUGUUGCUGGGCCAGCAGCGAUGGAAGGAGGCUGUUACAUAGAUUCUUCCUUGUGCACCUACGAUUCUUUUCCCCCCCUAGUUGGUGAAGUCACUCAGUGUUGGUUCAGUGACUGCAAGUUUUAGAAGCAGUGGAUCUGUGUUAUUUAGGAAAGAACACUUUGAUGUCUAACUUUGUCCGGUGUACUUUUGAACUUGGAGAAUUAAACACUAGGAACUAGGCCUGCAUGAUAGGAACAUUGGAAGUUCUUAGUGUCUGACAAGUGUUUACCAGGCAUUUUUGUGUUUGAAAAGAUGUCUGGGUGGCAGGAACAGAGGAAGCAUGCAAAACAGAUAUGAUGUGGACUUUGGCCUUGAAGAAUUUAAAAUAUGCUUGGCAGAUAAUGACUCUGGAAACUUAAUGAGAUCUGCUAAACUCUGAAUGGACUACAGGGCCACAGGAAGGAAGGGACUUGAGAAGAUGACAGGCAAGACAGAUAGCAGCUGGGAAAGGAUGAGGAAGUGGGCCCACAAGGGCUUUGUGCAAUAAAGGGACUGGGUAGGACAGCACUGCAAAUGCAUAGGCCAAAGAGCAAAGGGACAGGAACAGGAGGGAGCGGAAGUGGAAUGGCUGAGUUACUACUUAUUAUCUCCUUGUAUGCCAUGUUCUCUUUGCCCCUUCCUUCGCAAUGCUUUUCACUGUGUCCCGUGUGUGUGUGUGUGUGUGUGUGUGUGUGUGUGUGUGUGUGUGUACACAUACAUGUAUGCUCCAUAGUGUGUGUAUGGAGGCUGGAGUACAGCUUCACAUGUGGGUUCUUUCCUUAUCCUUUGUUUGAAGCCAUGUCUCUUCGUUGCUGUUUGCUACUUCAGAUGCUUGGGAUUCUUCUGUCUCUAACUCCCAUCUUGCCAUAGGAACUCUAGCAGUGUAGAUGCUCGCUACAUGCCUGGCUGUUUAUGUGACACAAACUCAGGUCCUCAAACUUGUGCAGCGAGACCUUUGAGCCAUUUUCUUAGCUCUGUCACAUAUACUUGGAAAGGCUUGUGCUCGACACUGUAGGAGAGAGAUGAUUAAACCCUUGACUCCCACCAGCCUGUCCCUGAGUAGGUGAGAUUUACCUCACAUUCUGUUGGGAUCCACAGAGGACAAUGUGAGGUGGAUAUCUCUGUCAAAUGGAGAACUGAAUGCUUUUGGAAAGAGGCUAAAUAUGCAAUCUCAGCAGUAAGGGUUUACUAAGGAGUCAGUAGGCAAAUGAGUAGAUAGGGUCACAGCUGUGCAGUAAGAGAAGCUGCUGCCUCCCAGCUUACCGUUAAGGAUAGGGUUCUCUAAGUAAUUGAAGAAGCUGGAAAUAUCCCUCAAACAAUAAAGUUACUUGUGAUGAAGAUCAAAGAGAAUAUGUAGACAAAUGGCAAUUUUGAAUGAUGAAAGUGCAAGGGACACUCACAGUGUCACUUAGAAAGCCAAAGUGUCCCCCUGGAUUGAGUAGCUGGUUCCAGCCUACUUGUGGAUUGGGAGAAUGUGACAUUUGUCUUUGGCAAGAGAGCAGGACAGAGAGUAGGUGUCAGUGAAACAGUCAAGUUACAUCAUAGAACUUCAACUUGAAAGGAUGUCUGUGGUCAUUUGAGCCAAGACAUGAGAAGAGCUUGAAAAUGGGAGUCCUCUCCCACAAAGGCACAGAGAAUUUCAUCAGAUUUGAUCACAAGAAGCAACUAGGAGAAGCCAGCUAUGAGUAAAAGAUCGUUGAAGUUUGGGUAGCAGAAGUUACAGAGUAGAACAAAGAUGUUGCUAGCAUUGUUAGAAUAGGAUGCUAAUGACAUCGCAAAGGACACUUGACUCACCAAGAUGAGGUUACAGACCCUGAAGUUAACAUUCCUAAUGUACACACCCACAGACACAAAUAUUCAACAUUUGUCUGUUUCCAGCUUUGAGGUAGACUAUAUCUCCUCCUCUUCCUCUCUUCUCUUCUCCUCUUUCUCCCCCUUUGAUCUUCUCUUCUAUUCCCUUCUUCUAGUCAUAACUUUUUGUGAAGUCCCUACUGGGAGCCUUGCUCAUUACCACACAUCUCAGCCCUGGGGCAUGAACCUGUCAAUCACUGCCUUAUAGACAGGUAACUGACUUAGGAAUGUCUGUGGGAGCACUUCAUUUGUUCUGGAUAUCCAGGCCAUCCAUCCCUUCUUCUAUAUUCCUUUGUGGCCUCAGAACGUGUUUCCUGAUAGAAACAUGGCUAUAAAAUUACCAUAACUUUCUUAGCACAAACUGAGGACAAAGUAAUGGAAAUGGUAUAGAGUAUGAAUUCUCUAGAUGAAAUUCUUGAAAUUAAACUUUAAAACUAGUAAAGCUAAUAGUGCCUCUACACCAAACCAUUAAAUUGUGGUAAUUAUCACAGGAAAUUUCACAAUAGACUUUAAAUUUCACAAUAGAAUGAUAUAAAUAAGACGGAUUAUGCCAACAUUAUUCAACCAAGAGCCCAUUGAAAGGCAGUGGAUUGCAUUAAACCUAUGUAAUGGACCAGGUGUCUUAGUGGUUUUUUAGAAAGACCCGAGAAGACUCAUGAAAACCCUGUGAAGAAUGUUGGGAGACCAGGCGCGUUACAGAAGUGAACUGUGAUGGUAGUCACACCAGGCUCAUUAUUGAUGUUAUAGAAGGACAAGGGUAACGCCAGCCAGCCACAGGCAGCCUGGGGUAGACUAAGUGGGAUGAUUGGGAAGAUACUGUGUAUGACUGUAGCUCUAGGAAACUCCGGUGAUCACCUUGAGCAGCCCUAGAGAUGCCAACAUUGUGGUAUGAUUUACACAAAGAUGGUUUGUUUUGAUAGUCAAAGGUUUUUAUUGCUUCUUUGAGUUCUAUUUAAAUAGCUGUGGAGUUAUAUGAAUAGCUACCUCUGAGUAUUUAACAGCUUACAUCUUGACAUAGUAAAUUGUUGCUUUUCCUAAAUGUUAAGCACUCUGUAUCCCAAUUCUAGCCAUGCUGGCCUUCUUAGUGUUGGUAUUCUGUCUAAGCUCCACCCCCACAGCUACCUGGCAACAGCCAGGUAUGCUCCGCCCCACAGUUGCCUGGCAGCAGUCAUCUGUGCCUGACACUAUAUAAGGAGCUGCUUGCCCCCUCCUCACUCUCUUGCUCUUCUCUUCUCUGCCCUUUUGCCCUCUUCCUUUUUGUCCCUUCUCUCCCCACCCCUCCCUUUCCUCCAUGUGCCCAUGGCCUCCUCUACUUCUCCCCCACUUCUACUCUUCUCUCAUUAAACCUCUCCAUGCGGAACCAUGUUGGCUUGGUGUGCUUUGUACGGUCACGAGCCGAGAUUUAGACCUCAACACUUACUGACUCUAAUGUUUUUCCCCUACUGCCACCAUGAUAUGCUAAUAACCCGUGAAGAUGCCCUGGGAGGUUUUUAAAUAGUGCAGUGUUUAUUCCGAAUUGCGAUUGACCAGUAUCACUCUAAGGCUAAUGUGAGAGGGAAGAAUUGAGCCUAAGCGGCUUUUUAAAGCUAUUGCAGGUAAAGCAUGGCAUGGGCUCAGUUACUAAGUAGUGGUAGAACUGGUUGGACUUGAAGAAAGAAUUUGCUCACAGUUUAGUUACAAAAAAGGAAGGUAUAAACUGAGAGAAAGGGACUCUGGCCUGAAUCCCAGCAGCAUUGGUUGGGAUAGUAGCUGGAGGUGGAUGAGGUGGGGCCUGCCUGAGAAGUCAGUUCUGUGUCUUUGGGUUAAUUGUGUGGAUGUGGACUAUUGUUCACAAAUCUAGACUCUGGUAUUUGAAGUUUGACUAUGAUUCACAGGAGGGUGUCUGCAAAGAGCCCAGGGAUUUUUGAGAUUCAAAGAACUGAAAUCUGGGGUACAAAACUGAAAAUGAAGAUCAAAGACAUGUAAAAAUGCUCAAGAAUAUAGAAAGGCAGCAGAAGAGGCAAAUUUAUUAUUGAUGACUAUUUGAAGGCUGAAAAAGAAGUGGAGGCUUGCUUGAGAUGGCUUAGAGGAUAAAGGUGCAUCAGGGACCUAUGUGUUGAAGGAGAAAAUCGACUCCCUCAGACCAUCCUCUGGCUUCCACAUUCACACUGUAGUAUGUGCUGCUCCCCCAAUAAAUAAACUAGUAAUAAACUUUAAAGACUUUCUAGUGACAAAAGUAUUGUCACACCACACAUGCAAUAUCACACAUCACGAAGCUACUCAUAAUUACUAAAAUAAUAAAUAAUUCUACCAAAGGGAUCAAAAAAAGAACAUGAUGUGAAUUUGGAGGUUCCUAUAGCACCAUUCAACUUGGUGACUCAUUAGGUGGACAGCAGAAUUUAUUAUAACCAUAGUUUUGUUUAAUAUAUUGGCAGAGGUAAUUGAGCAGAAGGGAAAAGACACACAAAGCAAAUUCCCCCAAAAGCCAGGAACAAGCUUCUGGGUUGUUUCCUCCACUGUAGGACAGCAUGCAGUGUUGCUGGCCGGAGAAGGCUGGGUUCUAUAACUAGAGUUAAGUCAGCUGUGCCUGCAACAUCUGUAUGCUGAACUCAGCUACUCAGACUUCAUCCUUACCCCACCUAUCCUUGUAGCACAGACAUCUGAUCAAACUAGUAUCAUUUGACCACUAAACUUAUACAAAAACAAACCUUAUCUGGGGAGAGUAAUCCGGGGUCACAGAGCUGGCUCUCAUGGGUUACUCACCAGUCAGCUUCCUGGUUUCAUUCCAGGUUGUAUAAGGUUUGAGAGUUAGGGUCUGGGGAUUUAACCCUUUCCUGAACAGUCUGAUAGGCCCAUUUUUGGGAGGUGGGGUAGGGUUAGAGGAUAAAUUGGCAGAUCCCAGAAGAGAUACAGACUUACCCCAAUUUUACAUCAUUUUAAGACAUAUGUAGCAAAAUUCGUAAGUGAGUGAACUAGAGUUUAUGCAAGAAAUGUUAGAUUUGUUUCACAUUUCCCAGAAAAAUCUAUCACAGAUGAGGUUAUGACUCAUCCAUAGAAUUUUGGAAAUUUUGUUCUAGAAGAAGAGAGAACUAACUUGUAAAAUAUGUGUGGCAUUGGCUGGAUUUGGGGAAGAGGUCAGGAGAUGGGAAUCUAGUCUAGAAGUUGAUGAUUAGUCCUAGAACAGAGUUUGCAUCAGGAGUUUUGACGAAGCAGAACAAAGUUGAAUGUAAAACUUGAUGUAGAAGGCCCAAGAAAGGAAUUAAUUGAGGGUGCUUUCAGAGAACCAGACUGAGAAAGUGAGGAUCGUUCAAAGAUGAUUUGGCUGCCUUGGAGACUUGGAGAUCUGGUGCCACGAUGAGGACUCACACACGGGGGGCUCCCACUGUGUUUUUCAUAUGUUUGCUUUGCUGUGUGUCAGCCUACAUCACUGACGAGAACCCAGAAGUCAUGAUUCCCUUCACGAAUGCCAACUACGACAGCCACCCGAUGUUGUACUUCUCCAGGAAAGAUGUGGCAGAGCUCCAGCUGAGGGCUGCCAGCUCCCAUGAGCAUAUCGCGGCUCGUCUCACAGAGGCCGUGCACACCAUGCUGACUAACCCCUUGGAGUACCUCCCUCCUUGGGAUCACAAGGAGUACAGUGCCCGCUGGAAUGAGAUCUAUGGAAACAACCUGGGUGCCUUGGCGAUGUUCUGUGUGCUGUAUCCUGAGAACAUCGAAGCUCGAGAAAUGGCCAAAGACUACAUGGAGAGGAUGGCAGCGCAGCCUAGUUGGUUGGUGAAAGACGCACCUUGGGAUGAAGUCCCACUUGCGCACUCCCUGGUAGGUUUCGCCACUGCGUAUGACUUCUUAUACAACUACCUGAGCAAGACGCAGCAGGAGACGUUCCUGGAAGUGAUUGCCAAUGCCUCGGGCUAUAUGUAUGAAACUUCCUACAGGAGAGGAUGGGGCUUCCAGUACUUGCACAACCACCAACCCACCAACUGCAUGGCCUUACUCACUGGAAGUCUUGUUCUGAUGAACCAAGGGUACCUUCAGGAGGCCUACUUGUGGACCAAGCAAGUUCUAAGCAUCAUGGAGAAGUCUCUGGUCUUGCUGCGAGAGGUGACGGAUGGCUCCCUCUAUGAAGGAGUUGCGUAUGGCAGCUACACCACUAGAUCCCUGUUCCAGUACAUGUUUCUUGUUCAGAGGCACUUUGACAUCAACCACUUUGGCCAUCCAUGGCUCAAGCACCACUUUGCCUUUAUGUAUAGGACCGUCUUGCCAGGGUUUCAAAGAACUGUGGCCAUUGCAGACUCAAAUUACAACUGGUUUUAUGGUCCAGAAAGUCAAUUAGUGUUCCUGGAUAAAUUUGUCAUGCGUAAUGGGAGUGGAAACUGGCUGGCUGACCAAAUCAGAAAGAAUCGUGUGGUGGAAGGUCCAGGUACACCGUCCAAAGGGCAACGCUGGUGUACUCUGCACACAGAAUUUCUCUGGUAUGAUGCCAGCUUGAAGUCGGUUCCACCUCUGGAUUUUGGCACCCCGACAUUGCAUUAUUUUGAAGACUGGGGUGUUGUGACUUAUGGAAGUGCACUACCUGCAGAAAUCAACAGAUCAUUCCUUUCCUUCAAGUCAGGAAAGCUUGGGGGGCGUGCAAUAUAUGACAUUGUCCACAGAAAUAAAUAUAAAGAAUGGAUCAAAGGGUGGAGAAAUUUUAAUGCAGGACAUGAGCAUCCUGACCAAAACUCUUUCACUUUUGCCCCCAACGGUGUGCCAUUCAUUACCGAGGCCCUCUAUGGGCCGAAGUACACCUUCUUUAACAAUGUACUAAUGUUUUCUCCAGCUGUGUCAAAGAGUUGCUUUUCUCCCUGGGAGGGUCAGGUCACAGAAGAUUGCUCAUCAAAAUGGUCAAAAUACAAGCAUGACCUGGCAGCCAGCUGUCAGGGGAGAGUAAUUGCAGCAGAGGAAAAGGAUGGGGUUGUUUUUAUCCGAGGAGAAGGUGUAGGAGCGUAUAACCCCAUGCUCAACCUGAAGAACAUUCAUCGGAAUCUCAUCCUCCUCCACCCACAACUUCUCCUCCUUGUAGACCAGAUACACCUGGGAGAGGAGAGUCCCCUGGAGACAGCAGCUAGUUUCUUCCACAAUGUGGAUGUCCCCUUUGAGGAGACAGUAGUAGAUGGGGUCCACGGAGCUUUCAUCCGGCAGCGAGAUGGUCUCUAUAAAAUGUACUGGAUGGAUGAUACUGGUUAUAGCGAGAAAGCAACCUUUGCCUCAGUGACGUAUCCUCGGGGCUAUCCUUACAAUGGAACAAAUUAUGUGAAUGUCACCAUGCAUCUUCGAAGUCCCAUCACCAGGGCAGCUUACCUCUUCAUAGGGCCAUCUGUGGAUGUCCAGAGCUUCAGCAUCCACGGUGACCCUCAGCGGCUGGAUGUGUUCGUAGCUACCAGCGAACAUGCCUACGCAACUUACCUGUGGACAGGUGAGAACACGGGGCAGUCUGCCUUUGCACAGGUCAUUGCGGAUCAUCAGAAAAUCCUGUUUGACCAGAGUUCAGCCAUCAAAAGCACCACUGUCCCGGAAGUGAAAGAUUACGCUGCUAUUGUGGAACGGAAUCUGCAGCAUUUUAAGCCCGUGUUCCAGCUGCUUGAGAAGCAGAUCCUGUCUCGCGUCCAGAACACAGCUAGCUUUCGGAAGACUGCUGAGCGCCUACUGAGGUUUUCGGAUAAGAGACAGACAGAGGAGGCCAUUGACAGGAUCUUUGCUAUAUCCCAGCAACAGCGGCAGCAGCGAGGCAAGUCAAAGAAAAGCCGAAGGACCGGCAAGCAUUACAAGUUUGUGGAUGCCGUCCCUGAUAUUUUUGCACAGAUUGAAGUCAAUGAGAAGAAGAUUCGACAGAAAGCUCAGAUUUUAGCACAGAAAGAACAGCCUAUAGAUGAAGAUGAAGAAAUGAAAGACCUUUUGGAUUUUGCUGAUGUCACGUAUGAGAAGCAUAGAAACGGGGGCUCCAUGAAAGAUGGCUUUGGACAGGCGCGGAUGGUGACAAGUCACAACAGAGCACCUUCACUGUCGGCCUCGUACACCAGACUCUUCUUGAUUCUGAACAUUGCCAUCUUCUUUGUCAUGUUGGCUAUGCAACUGACUUAUUUCCAGAGGGCUCAGAGCCUCCAUGGCCAAAGGUGUCUUUAUGCAGUUCUCCUAAUAGAUAGCUGUGUCUUAUUGUGGUUGUAUUCCUCCUGUUCUCAAUCUCAGUGCUAACACCAAAGCCUUUCAUGAUUGUGAAAUAUAUAGGAGCAUUUCAUUAUCAUCCUAAUUUGUUAUGAUUUCUCCCCUAGGUUUAUUUAGGCAAAUUCAAGGGAAGAUGUUUUCACACCCAGAGAACUCUGAACUAGAUACACAAAGCAUGUACCUAAGGUAUAAAAAUAGCUUUGGCUGACCCCUCGUGCUUCUUUCUGGGAAUGUUUGGCUUGACUGACUGACCGGUUGCUAUUAGAAGAGACAAAAAUGCCUGUUUUUUUGACAUAUUUCUGUUAAUAUUAAGAAAAAAUGAAUUGGACUUUAUUAUCAUUAAUUUAAUUGUUAGGAGCUUCCAGAUUCUGUAUUAUUGAACAUAUGGAGACACAUAAUUCCAAGCAACACAGACUGUUAAAAUAUAAUGGGAACCGAUAUCUAGGACCUGGGAAAUCACACAGUAAAAUGGUAGCAGAAGAUCAUAAAGGAACUAAAAUUUUUUUAGCAGGAAACAGAUACAAAUGAACAUCUUUUUGAUGAUGUUGGUCAACGCAGGGAUGUGAUUUGUGGCUUUUUGAUAAAUAAUACAAUAACAAAUAAUUUUGUAUUCUCUUUCCCUUUUAUGUAAAAUGUUUAUAGACCCAACAGCUAAAGUUUUCAAAAUAAACUAUUUUAUAUCUUGAAAUUCAAUACCAAAGAACAUAGAACUCAAGUUUUGGUGUGAUUCUCAUGUUUUUACCUAGAAAGUUUUCUUCAAGUUUAUUUUGCUAAAUAAACCAUUCAUAAUUAUGA